UGCUUUGCGCCGUUAACUUCACAUGUUUGUUUUGUUUUGGCUUUUCAGCCUUUAUCUUGAGUCCUUGACUGACUUUCAAAUACAACGUAAGCGUUUUUGAGCCCUUUAGUUCAAACCACCUAUUAGUAGAUCCCAGUGACAAAGCUUUUUUAAAUAGCUUAAUUUUUUUACAAUUUAACAGUAAACGCUUACGCUAUAUUCAAAAUUCAUUCAACGGCUCAAAAACUGUACGAAAACAAACAUAAACAAACAGAGUGAACGGCAAAAAAGCAAACCUCCCGAAUACUACUGAUCGAUUUACGAUUUGUAAUAAUGUUCUCGUCAACAGGAUUCGACUUACUUCUUCUGGCCGCUGGUAUUUCUGACCCUCCAGUUGGGGAAGAGGUGGCAAGUAUAGUUGCUGAUACUCCCACGGUUGCAAAUUUCGAGGAAGUAGAAUUUGUAAACAAAACUACAAACAACACUUUCCUCGAAGGUGUUUCGAUGAUUAUAUCGUCAACGCCGAUAAGAAGAAGCGGAGUCAUAACAUUCACUGAUCCCCGACAAACACUUCCACUAGAUCUGUCAGUAUCAAUGAUUGAGAACGAGCAACCUUUAAAUUUAACGAUCCACACUAGCGAUGUUCCAUUAGAUCUGGCUAUGCCGAAAAGUAAUACUCCGAAGAAUUUAGCAACGGAAAAGACGACAAAUUUGUGUGGCGAUACCCGAACAGAAUCAAAGCUUAACCAUAUCAUCUCUUCCGUCCACUCAUCAAGGGAUUCUUCCCGAAUCUGUCGAAUAUCUGGAAAAAUCUUCAAACGCUCGGUUUACUUUGCCGGUGAUUUGGACAAAAUAUUCAAAAAGCCUUCUCCUGAUAGUGAUGGUAAUGGUUUAAGAUUUCAAAAAAAUAUGUGCUUCAGGUACCAAACGACACUUCCCGGAUGUAUUGAGCUCAAAUACGAUAUAUCAAAUCCAACCUGGUCACAGUUCAUAUUUAGGAGUGCUAAUAUAAGAACUGUUGUUUGACCGGAUCCAAUUAACAGAAAGCCAAUCGCUUUGCCACAAGCUAAGUUGGAUGAUUUGAGGAAGCAAUUAAAAUAUAUUAAAAACAAACCAUACUACGAAACGUUCCUCAAAGAAAUAGUUCCCAAAAAAAAGAGGUCGGAAACCAGUGAAUAAGCUCCCGAUAACUUCGAUAUGGAUAUGGACAUGGAACUUCAUGAAGAAGAAAUUGAUGUAACCCUUUGUUUAGCGAGUGUGAUCCUCUCAUAUGAAAAUAAAUAAAAAAUAAAAAUAAAAA